CUGAAGCCCGAGGUCGAGAAAAUCUUAAAGACCAUAUUCUCCCAGCUAAAGCCCAAGGUAGAGAAAAUUUUAAAGACCAUAUUCUCCCAACUAAAGCCCGAGGUGGAGAAAAUUUUAAAG